AUGGACCUUUCAUCGAAACAAGACGAUCAAAAGGAGCCCGUAAUUGAAGCCAAUCCCGCGGCUGCUCGUCAUCACCGAUUCUAUUGCGAAAACAUUACUCUCAAGGUCGAGGGAACACUUUUCAAGGUCCCUCGGUAUAAAUUUCAGGAACUCUCCCCUGUCUUUGCCGACAUGUUCUCCCUGCCAAGUGUCGGACCAGUUGGGACUGUCGAAGGACAAAGCGACGAAAACCCCAUUGUCCUCGAGGGGUAUGCUAUGAAGGACUUUGAGCGCCUUCUUUCGAUACUGUAUCCCAGUGGAGACGCCAUAGCCGGAGAUCCCAUCUGUCUGGAGAGUAAAGAGGAGUGGAUCAGCGUUCUUAAACUUUCUACCGCAUGGGAAAUGACCAAGGCGCGUCUCAUUCAAGUUCGAGAGAUGGCCAUUAAAAGAUUGAGCCUACUGCAGGUGACCCCUAUUGAAAAGAUUCAGCUGGGGAGGGAACAUCGAGUUUCCUGCUGGUUUCUCGAUGGCAUGAAAGCGCUUGCUACCGAGAUUUCCAGGGAUUCGGAAGGCGGCAUCUCCGUGGAUUCCAUAGCGGCCCAGAUCGGUUGGGAAGCCGCAGCGAGAGUAAUGUCUGCCGUGAACAACCACAAAUCCGCCUCUACUCUUGGGGAGAGGUUCAUUCCGUCAUCCGGGGAGGUGCGAGUGUUGUUGGAGAACAUCCAUUGCCGUCGAGACAGGUGCUUGAAGGAUGAGAAGAUGCGACAGAAUUGCCCUAUGAACCACGAUGGUCUGCGAAAGGGGGGUUUUCUACCUGGGAACCGAUCCUUUCAAAUCCACCGCGACGAGAACGCCAAUCGACGCAGCCUUCAUCGAGUUGGGGGGAGCGGGGCCAGAACUUCUGUGAAGGAUUUCAUAUCGAUGUCUCAGGACGGAUGCUUCAUAGACUGGUCCCUCCUCAAACGGCAAGGUUACGAGGCGCCGUUGACCGAUGAUAUUUCUUUCGACACCAUCAAGAGCGCCUUCGCCGACGAGCUUAACUCCCUGACAUGA